GCGGCGUGCGCACGGGGCUGCGGGGCAUCUGCGGGGUGGCCGCGGGGCGAGGGGCCAUGGCGUCCCUCCGGAGCAGCGGCGCCGUCUGCGUGGUCUGCCUGGAGAAGCCCAAGUACCGCUGCCCACACUGUCGCCUGCCCUACUGCUCGGUGGCCUGCUUCGGGAAGCACAAAGAGAAGUGCAGUCCUAAAGCCGGUCUUGCGGAGAGGAAAACAAGAUCAGCUGUUCCUGCAGUGAUGAUGAAAUCCGUGGGCAGCGAAGAUGAUGAUGAUGACGACGCUAUAGCUGAUUUUCUCAAUAGUGAUGAAGAAGAGGACAGAGUUUCUUUGCAGAACUUAAAGAAUUUAGAGGAGUCUGCAGCUUUAAAGAACUUGCUACAGAAUCCGCACCUCCGACAGCUCCUGAUGAGCCUGGACCAGGCGGACGACAAGGCAAAGCUUAUGAAGGCCUGCAUGCAGGAGCCCUUGUUUGUGGAGUUUGCCGACUGCUGCCUGAGGGUCGUGGAGCCAGCCCAGGGAGAGGACAGUGAGAGCUGAGUGAGAGCUGCUUGUGCAGGCACAGGCCAGACACACUCACGCACCUGCUUCUGCUCUGCGGAGAUCAGCUCGCAGGGGAGCCCUGGGUGAGUCUGGGGCGGCCCAGAACGCACCUCGGCUGAGCCGGGGAGGUCAGGCUUUACCCAGUGCUCUGGGCUCGGGUUGUCAAGAGGUGGGGCACCAGAGCCAGCAAAACCUUCCGAACGGAACAGUUGCUUGUAAAUGUUUUAUUUUUGGUAAUAGUUGAGAUAUUUAUGCUAAGGUAGACAUACAUGAUACAAGUGUUUUCAAAAACUCCGGUGGAAUUAAAACUUAGUGUCACUAAAUAAAAUAAGGAUGUGGUGGUU